AUGUUCCCAAUGACUGACUGCUGUUUCGGUCCAGAUGAUAAACUCAUAGUCACUGGUACCUCUGUUCAAAGGGGGUAUGGCAGUGGCAAACACAUUUUCUUUGAGCACAGAACUUUCCAAAGAGUGUAUGAAAUAGACGUCACUGAUGCAAGUGUUGUGCACUGUCUGUGGCAUCCAAAGCUGAACCAGAUCAUGGUUGGAACUGGAAAUGGAUUGGUGAAAGUCUGUUAUGACCCCAAUAAGAGUCAGAGGGGAGCAAAAUUAUGCGUGGUUAAAACCCAGCAGAAGGGAAAACAAGCUGAGACUCUAACCCAGGACUACAUCAUUACCCCUCAUGCCUCGCCUGUGUUCCACAAGCUCUGCCAGUGGAGUACCAGGAAACAGCUAGAGGACAGACUGGACCCCCUAAAGUCGCACAAACCUGAACCUCCUGUAGCAGGCCCAGGUCGUAGUGGCCAAGUUGGAACCCAUGGGGGAACUCUUUCAUCCUACAUUGUGAAGAACAUCACUCUGGACAAGACGGAUGACAAUAAUCCCAGGGAAGCCAUUUUGCAUCAUGCCAGAGCAGCAGAAGACAACCUGUAUUGGGUUUCUCCAGCUUAUUCCAAGACUCGGCCCAAAAUCAUGUUUGCCCAAGUUGAAUCUGAUGAUGAAGAAGCAAAAGAAUGAACUACAAUGGAAAAAACAUAAAAUUUGAAGAAUCUUGUUUGAGAACCAUUUGCAUGAGGGGAAGGAAUAUGAAACAGUGUUCUGUUUUUUUUUUUUCUUUAAUGCUUACUGAAUAAAAAAUGCAUUUUUAUGAAAAAAGAAUUUUCUAGGCAAACUUUAUUUAAUGCAGUUGAAGAAACUGAGACUCUGGGGAAACAACUGAUUUGUCCCUAAGAUUAAAUACCUAGACUGUGGUAUGGCCAAAAUUUGAAUUUGCUGUUUGUCCUUUUUACUAUAUAUGUAUAAAUAUUUUGUUCUCUGAAAAAGUCAUUAAGUGAAAAUUUUUUUUUCUUUAUUUUUUUUCCCUUGUACUGAAGAUUGAACUCCAGUAUUGUUUUACGUUCAAGCUACAUC